UACUUGUACUUGCACUAAAUGCCAACCCAACAAUCACUUUUGUUCAACUAAAGAUUAUUCAAACGGGCUCACAAAUUAUAUCAUUAAAGCUAAAAUCUUAUUGUGUGACAUAAUCUUCAUCGUAACAUUAAUUGAAGAUGCACGGAGACUUAUAUGAGUCAUCGUGUAGAUGACCGUUGUGGCUUACUUUCUAUAUAUUCGUAACUAAAAUACUCAAAAAUGUCUGAGGUAAAAGGGACGAAGGCCUUGGAAUUAUGGUGUAAACGCUUAAUUAAGGAUUGUCCUAAUGUGCAGAUUGAUAAUAUGACUACAUCAUGGAGAAAUGGCAUCGCUUUCUGUGCAUUAGUUCAUCACUUCAGGCCUGACUUAAUAGACAUAUCAAGUUUAAAACCGGAAAACAUUUAUGAAAACAACCAGCAGGCAUUUAGUAUUGCAGAGAAACAUCUGGGGAUUCCCGCGCUGUUGGAUCCUGAGGAUAUGGUGGAAAACGAAGUGCCAGACAGAUUGUCUAUUCUCACUUAUUUGUCGCAGUUUUAUCAGCGUCUUGGCCACACAGUAAACACUAAAGCGUCCGAAAAUGAAUCGAAGACCCCAGAGCCUCCGUCAACCUCUACAGCAGCGGCACCAUUCAAAUUUGGAAAGACAGGUCUAGACAAGUGUGCUGCAUGCGGCCUGCCUGUUUACCUCGCACAGCGUCUCAUGGUCUCACACAAGCUCUAUCAUAGGAGAUGUUUCCGUUGCUCCAAGUGCUCGGGUCACUUGAACCCCAAGAAUUUCCAAAUUAUAGAAGGAUCUGAAUUUUUUUGUGAUAGUUGCAAAAAUGAAAAGACAAUGCCCGCAUUUCUUAAUAAUAAUGAUCAAAUAGGAAUGUUAGCAUUUCAUGAAGACUUGUCUAAACCUAAUGAGCUCGCCAGUGAGGAGCCUAUUGUCCCAAAACAUAAGACAAGGCCUCAGUCAAUCUUAGAGAAAAUAAGCAUGUUCGAAAAGCAAUCAGAUAAAGAAGUUAGUCUAGAAGACAAGUUAGUGAAUAUGUCUUUAUCUGACAACUUAGAUAGUAAACUUACAGACAGUACGCCUAGUGUUUUAAACACAAGCAAGUUACAAUCUCAGAUAGAAGACAAUAUGGAGUCAGUAGUUGACAACUCCGGUGCUAAAGAAAAUACCGAAUUAUUUAAACAAAACCCUGAAAAAGUUUACAAGAGCAAUAUAAAUCAAUUUAAUUUCUUACAAACACAACUCGCUGAAGAUACUAAUGGUGACAAUCAGUAUACUAUUGGCGAUACUGAGAUCCAACAUGAAAAAUUUAACGAUUCGAAAGACGAUAACGAAAUCAGUGAUUCUGGCUUUAAGGAAAAAUUUGACUCCAUUGAAAGUGUGCGUAAAGACGAGUAUAAUAUCACUGAUGAUAUUAGAAUAGCGAAAACCCAUUUUAACUCGCCACCUGAAGCUGAAUAUUCUCCAACAGAAACAAAUGAAUCUAGUAUUAUUGAGCCUCAAAUAUCGAUUAGUGUACCCCCACGGAAGAAAAAAAACCUAACGCCGAGUGGAAAAACGACAGUUAAAAAAGCGGAAAAUGAGAAAAAAGUCGACACCAAACUUUAUCCUGACCAUUUAAACCCGUUUUCGGACGAUGAAGAAGAGGAGGAACCCAGUAAAGAGACAUCAAAGCCAGUGAGCACCAAUCCUUUUGGCAGCAGCGACGAGGAGGACGACGAUGUGCCGCCGAUCCAUCCUCCGAGGCUGCCCACUGAACAAACCUCUACUCCCACGAAACGCCUGAUAGCCGCCAACCCCUUUUGGUCUGACGGUGAGGAACCCUCGUCCGAUGAUGAACCUCACAAUGGAAGUACAAACAUGUACAAGUCGUCAUUGACUACAAGCACGCCGAACCUGCCGAGCGGGCGCCGGAAGAAGGUGAAGGCGCCGCCGCCGCCGCCAGUUCUCAAGGUCACCGAGGUCCCCGCCACGUCCAUGGACGAUGUCGCGAGCAUAUCCUCGCUCAGCUCUUACACGUCCACCGUACAUUCUGACCAAAAAUCAUAUGGCAUGUCGACUCCAAGGCUAAAAAAGAAGCGUAUGGCGCCAACACCUCCCGACAGCAUGUCCAUGUCUGGCUGUGGUUCUAUGGAGAAAGGCGUCGACCACUCCGACAUAAGGAACAACUCUGAUGGCGGACGUCGUCUGAAAGGCCCAGCGCCCGGCCUUCCGCUGCCCGAGCGGCGCGAAGUGAAAAUGCAGAUGUCCCCCGAAGAGCUGCAGGUGCAACUCGACAUGCUGGAGACACAGCAGCUGGGGCUGGAGCGGCAGGGCGUGCUCAUCGAGCAGAUGAUCCGGGACAAAUGCGAAGGAGAGGAUGCAGUACCAGCGCCGCAGGAGGAGGUGGAGGAUCUCGUCAUUCAGCUCUGCGAGCUGGUCAACGAGAAGAACGAUCUGUUCAGGAAACAGACGGAGCUCAUGUACAUUCGGCGACAGCAGCGGUUAGAGCAGGAGCAAGCCGAUAUCGAACACGAAAUCAGGGUGAUUCAGUCGCGGCCCGCGGUUAAUCGCAUCGAUGCAGAUAAGGCCCGUGAAGAGCAGCUGGUUUCGCGGCUGGUGCAGAUCGUGCGCAUGCGCGACGAGCUGGUGCAGCAGAUCGACGCCGAGCGCCGCCGCGAGCGCCAGGAGGACCUGGCCAUCGCCUGCUCCAUCGCCACCAAGCGGGCUCAAAGGAACAGCGACUCCAACAGCUCUUCGAUGAAAUCGACGGAGGUUGUCCCGACGCCCAAGAAAAACAAAGUAAAGGACAAAGUUAAAAAGCAACUCAAGAAAGCAAAGCACACUCUUAUUUCAAAGAAAAAAGAUGAUUCAGACAAAAAAGAGGCAAAACCCGAAAAAGAAAAGAAAUCGAAACAAUAAGAUGUAUACUAAAAGUGAUUAAGUGUAAAAAAAAAUAGCAAGAAGAGGAAAAUCCAAACAAUACUUGGAACAAUUAUAGCGGUCAAUAAACGAAAAGACUUGAUACUCGUAACAAUGAUCAAUUAUCGUAGUAUUUUAUAGGUGUAUUGAUUAUUGAUACACAAAAUGAAUAAUAUACUUUUGCAAAGUUAAUAGUGUAGACUAAGACUUGGUCUGUUCAGAAGAAUAAAUAAAUGGCAACUAGUAAAGAUACUCAAAUAUGUUAUGUAAAAUAUCCAAAUUUAGUAAAUAGCACUGUGAUUAGUACUUACGUAUUGGUAACAAUCUGACUAACAAACUAGUAUUAAUAGGUAACUCGCUAAUUAUUAUUACUUCUUAUAUUUAAUAAUGGACACAAUUUCGUACCGUUCGUACGUAUCACAUUAUUUGUAUUUAUGUUAAUGGCCUUCGCUAUAAGCGACGCUGUUUUUAUGUCCAAGUAAAAUGCUUUACAUUAUUAUUAAUUUUCAUAUUUUGAUGCUGUUUUUUUAUUAAAGCAUAAAAGACAUUUAUAAAUACUUAAGUGGCAUGGCAUACUAAAGUACUUAAGCAAGACUGAAACAUUCCACGAACUAAAUUAUACAUAAUGAAAUAAUAUUAUAUUUCAUUUAAAUAUAAAUUGGAGUAAUAACGUGUCAUAAAAAUGUUUUAAUUUUAAUUUAUUUUCCACCAGGUAUUGUGCCUAUAUUGGUAAUGAAUUACGCUUAUAUAUUACUGAAGUUCAUGUUUUCGAAUGUUCGGUGUUAACUGGAAUCCUUUAGAUCGGAAAGGAAACCUGCAAAAGAUGUGUCAGGUGACAUGACAGGGGCAGAAAUAAAUGGGCUGAAUAAACGCCAAUAUUAGUUAUAUCUUAUAUAAAACGAACACGAAGCAAUGUGUUGAACUUUGGACUUACUAUGGCAAGGAAUGAAAUAAAAUGUUAGUCAAUAAUAUUGUGCCACGCUAAAGUAAUAUUAAACCUCGUUAAGUUGUAUUGUUAUAAUAUCGAUAUACACUAAACACCACGUAUGCAGACAACACAAUAGUAUUAGUCGAAUAUAAUUAUGUUCUCACAAAAAAGCACAAAAUAAUAUUGUUAUAAUAUCUCGAAUUACACCAUGCCUCGACAAUCUGUACGUACGAAACUAAAUGCAUUUGUUUUUAUUAGAUUUUUAUUAUUUUUUUGAUGUUAUUUGUAUGUAUGUACAUCAAGUAGCAAAAUGUAUACACGGAUGAAGACUUGAGAUCUGCAUAUUACAUACUUAAGUAAUGUUAUUUUUGAAAACUUCUUUCUGGUAUAUUUUGCUGCACAAUAUAUUAGUAAUUAUUAUUUAUUGAUUAAGUGAAAAAGCCAGUUUAGCAUUAGUACUAUAAUUCCUUAUAUUAAAACUUUUUAAAUUGAUCAUUUUGGCCAAUUGAAAUUAAUAAUUUUGCUUAGCUUAGGUUUGUUUGACCUUAGCACAUAUAUCUAUAAACGAUUCCUCUACUUUUCGAAACCAAUGUUUCGAUUAUAUGUGUAAUGUUUUUUUUUAAUAUUAAUUUAAAAAAAAAGAGAUCUUCGCGAAUGAAUUUCUUGAUAGCGGGAGUACCUAAACAUAAAGGUAAUAAAAGAACUCUUCUUCCUCGCGUUAUCCCGGCAUUUCGCCACGGCUCAUGAGAGCCUGGGGUCCGCUUGACAACUAAUCCCAUGAUUUGACGUAGGCACUAGUUUUUACGAAAGCGACUGCCAUCUGACCUUCCAACCCAGAGGGUAAACUAGGCCUUAUUGGGAUUAGUCCGGUUUCCUCAAGAUGUUUUCCUUCACCGAAAAGCGACUGGUAAAUAUCAAAUGAUAUUUUGUACAUAAGUUCCGAAAAACUCAUUGGUACGAGCCGGGGUUUGAACCCGCGACCUCCAGAUUGCAAGUCGCACGCUCUCACCGCUAGGCCACCAGGUAAUAAAAGAACUGUACCAAAAAAUGUUUCCUAAAUGUAUACUUAAAAAUCACCUUUAUAAUAAUAUACUACCCCGUAUUCAAAGUUUUUAUAACGUACCCGCCAUUCUGACAGCGAGUAUAGCGGGUUUUAUGAUCGUUAUUUUUUUAUAAGGAAAAGAUGUACCUACAACUUGGUAACUUCUUUGAAAUUAUGGUACUAAAUAGUUAAGUAAGGGAGUACAUUUUUGGUAGUUCUUUUUGUAUAUGCACACCCGCCAUCUUGAUUCUCGGCUUCGCAAAUUGUCCCUAAACUGGCAAUAUACCUACUCAUAAGAUGUUGAAUUAAAUACUCCUGUCUUCCGAAUUAUUACGUGUAUGUAUAUUUGUACGCGUUGAAUGCACAGGGUUUUGUUAUUACCACAAAAUGUACUAAUUGUUUUAUCUAAAUAGAGAAAAAAAAAUCGAAUAAAGUGGUCACGUUUUUAUUAUCCUUAAUUAUUAACAUUCUGUUUGUAUCAGUGCACUUAUCCUUCAAAUAUGCAAAAUAAAGAUUUAUUUACUACA